UUGGACUUACACACAUCGCAUCCUUCUCUCUGCUAUUUCUCUUUUCAUCUGUCCAAGUGCCUCUCAUCUUCCAUAAAUACUACAACAUCUCAAACUUUGCUCCAAACUUCUUUUUAGUUAUAACAAAAUUGGAAGGUAUUGCUUUUUAUAUUAUUUGAGCAAAAAUCCACCUGGUCCUCAGGAAGCAUUUUGACUGAAAAGGCGCCAAAGGAAAAGCAGGAGCACGUGACACGUCUAUUUAUUGUUUUUUUUUUAAUUAUUAUUUAUUUAUUUGUCAACCUGCUGUUUGGGUUUCCAUUCUAUUGGAUUCGAACCAAUAUGAAAUUGCUGCCGGACUCCUCAUCGUCUCUGCUCUUCUCAUUGCUAUUGGCCCAGCUGCCCGUCUUCACGUCUGCCUCCCCGCUGCCUCAGCGGCGGCCCAACGACAUGGACAAGCUUUCCAACCAGACCAGAAAUCUCAUGAAGCUCACACAAGAACUGCUGAGGGAGCAUGCUUUUGACUCUGACGUGGACCCCCACAGGGUCUGGUCCCUGCCAGAAAUGAGCAACAGAUCAGCCAAUGAUCUCAGCAAUCUUGAGCUGAAGCCCACACUCUCUCAGCUGCACGCCGACCUGAAGCUCUACGAGCACCACUUUGAAUGGCUGAACAGGGUGUCCAAGAAGCACCACCACCCUGCGCUUCCUAAGCUGGCAAGGGUCAUCAGAGAAAUGAAGUCACUCAUCAAUCUUUUGGGCCAUCAGAUGCAGAGGGUCGACGCAACAAAGGUGCCCCACCCUACCCCUUCCCUCCCCUCACACCUCUCUUACCAAUUUGACGUGCUGCAGUCCAGUCAGGAUCUCCUCCACCACUUCAAGCUUUUCUGCGAUUGGGCUUACAGAGCAUUCAUCAGCCUCAAGCCAAAAAUCACCACAGUUCAAUGAGAACUCAUAGAAGUCAGAACGCACAAUGGGGAACGGGAACCUGGUCUGUUUGCACUGUAGUCAAUGGCAUCCAAAAAGGUCACAAUAUCAACUUAAGUGUAAAGAAUGCCUUUCCACCAGAGCCAAAGAGGAUGCACUAUAACGCAACUACAAUAACUAUCAUCCGGUGUAACUAUGGUGAUCAUUAUUUCUUGAACCCUUUCUUAGUUCAUGACCAUGUUAUUUAUGUAUUUAUUUAUUUAUUGACUGUUAGUAAUUUAUUUAAUGUUAUUUAUUUGAAGUCUUUAUGUGUCAUCUCGCAUCUUUGUUUCUUCAUUGACGUGAAUUUAUUUGACCACAUACUUCUUGUUUUCUUGUGUCUCACUGAUCUCCAAGGUAGCACUUCCUAACAUUUCUUUAAACUCAUUUCUUGGUAUUUCUGUGUUUUAUUAGUCUAACUUUAUUCCAGUAGAUGUGGCAUACAUCUGAGAUAGUCAAGGUUUUUCACACAGUAGUGCCCUUAAAUUUAUACGGAGAAAAAAAAAAAGAGAAAAAAGAAAGGGUUGUGCCAGUGACAUCAUCGAGACAAGUGAAUGCUUUUUAGUGCCAGAGUCAUAGUAUCUAUUUUUGUAACGCUUUGUUUGUCGCACUUUGCAUGAGGAGACAUCUCUAAUGUGGUAAAGUUGUUUGAGUGGGCCCUAUUGUUGAGCACUGAUGGACCUGAUUAGAUUCUUUGCACAAUGUUGUAGAACCAGCGUCUUGGAUAAGUGAGAUGGCUGAUUUAGAAACCAUAUUUUGGAACUUAGGUGGGGGGAAAGUUUGUUCUUUUUAACGUUAACACUAAAAGUCUUAAAAAUACUAUGUAUUGUGACACUCUAUUGGUGUACAAAAUUGUACAUGAAUGUAAAAUUUUGUACAGUGCUUUGUGUAUGAUGUUUUCUACAAUUUAAUUUAGAUGACCUAUUUUCUCACUUUUAUUUUUGUUCAUUUCUCUUCUAGUAUAUGUUACAGUAUUGGCUAUUUAUUUAAGUAACUUGGUGGAACUAUUUAUUUUGUGCUGCAAAGGAGCUAGCCUCCUAUCCCUCCUUUUUAUACUUUUAUACAGUUUGUAUUCUAAUACACUCCAGUUAUAUGUUAAAUUAUUGUAACAUCGAGAUGCCUCUUCCAGACACUGAUUGGCCUCAAUGUGAAAAAUGUGCCUUGGUGAAAUAAAAACUACAGA